AUAUUUUCUUUGUCAAUAUUCUGAUCAGGCAACGCAGGAGGUUGCAGCAGACGACUUUUCGAAUAUACGAGUUGUGCACAUUCACACGUGCUGAAUCGAAUGUCAGAUUUUCGGUUGAUUUGAAUUAUUUUCAUAUUCUUUACCUUGUUCGAAAAUGGGGUUAACAAAGCAAUAUCUUCGUUAUAUUUCCGGUCCAAUAUUCAAUGUGAUUGCAAGCUUAAAGUCCAAUGCCGUGUUUGUCGAACUGAGAGCUCAAGUUGGUCGAUAUGUGGCUGCCGGAGCUUGCGAAAAUGUCAUCAUCUGGGACUCGAAAACUGGAGAAAAGAUCAACACUUUGUUGGGUGAGAAGCAUUGUGUCACUAUGUUGAAAACGAGCCCCAAUAACAGACAAAUUGCUGUUGGAUACGAAGAUGGUGUUGUCAGACUAUUUGAUCUUAACAGUGGAGAAUGUUUGGUUACUUUUAGUGGACACAAAAGUGCUGCUACAUCUCUGUCAUUUGACAUAGAAGGCAUGAGGCUUGUGUCUGGAGCAAAAGACACAAACAUCAUUGUCUGGGACACUGUGGCGGAAGCUGGCCUUUUCCGAUUGAGUGGGCACAAGGGCCCCAUUACUAAAUGCUGUUUUCUUGAGAGCCAAAACAUUUUGGUUAGUAGUUCACUGGACACGUUGGUCAAAUUCUGGGACCUCGACACCCAGCACUGUUUCAAAACCCUGGUGGGUCACAGAUCUGAGGUAUGGGAUAUGGUCGUCAUGAAAAACGAUCGCUACUUGGUCACUGGAUGCGGCGACAGUGAACUCAGAGUGUGGAAAAUACGCUUCCCUGACUCUGAGGAAGAUGACGAGAAGCAGAAAGCCACUCCCAAGAAAACCCGGAGAGAUUCCGACGAUGAAGAAGAAAAGAAUGAAGAUGGCAACGAAGAAGAGGAUGAUGACAACAGCAUUCUUCAGUGCACCAAAAUUGGAACAAUUUUGAGACAGGGUCGCGAUCGAGUCCUUAGCAUGGUGACGGACCCGAGUCGUACUAUUUUGUCGUGCCACGGAAUGGAUUCCAUCGUGGAACUGUUUCGUUUCCACGACGAAGAAGAAAUUCAAAAAAUAUUCAGCAAACGCCAACGGAAAUUCAAAAAGCAAAAUCCCGAAUCGACGGAAGAAUUGACUGUUGCCCUGCAAGAUGAGGUGCUGCGAAUCAAAUCCGUCCAGGCUUCCGGCAAAGUCAAAGCUAUCGACGUCCAUGUUUCUACCAAAGGAGAGCUCAGGUUGUUGGCAUUGUUACGCGGCAAUUCGUUCGAGAUCCACGUUGUGGAUACCAAAGUCUCCAACAAAAAUGACGCAACUAAAGUCGGGGCUCUGUCCAUCCCCGGACAUCGCACAGAUGUACGAGCCCUUUGUUUCAGCUCGGACAAGAUUGCAUUGGCAUCAGCCAGUGGCGAGUCAUUGAAAAUCUGGAACCGAGGCUCCCAGAAUUGUAUCCGAACAAUGGCGUGUGAUUACGCCCUGUCGAUUCUCUUCGCCACUGGCGACCGCAACGUGAUCGUCGCCACGAAGACGGGCAAGCUUCAAAUCUUCGACAUUGCAGCCGGACGACUGCUGGAAGAAAUUCUAGCUCACGAGGGCGAAGCCUGGACUGUGGCCAUGAGCCCAGAUCUUCGAGGAAUAGCCAGUGGAGGCGCCGACAAGAGCGUGAAAUUUUGGCAAUUUGAAUUGGUGGUGGACAAGGCAGUGGAGGAAGAAGAUGAGGACGGUCAGAUGAGAGGACACGGCGGUAAAAGAAUGAGUCUGACCCACACGAAGACGUUACAGUUGGAAGAAGAUGUCCUUUGCGUUCGAUUUAGCCCCGACCAACGUCUCAUUGCGGUUUCUCUGCUCGAUUCGACCGUGAAAAUUUUCUUUGCCGACACGCUUAAAUUCUUUUUGUCACUCUACGGUCACAAGUUCCCCGUUCUCUGUAUGGAUAUUUCUUACGAUUCCACUACCAUCAUCACCGGUGGUGCCGACCGCAACAUCAAAAUUUGGGGGUUGGACUUUGGCGAUUGUCAUCGGUCCAUUUUCGCUCACGAGGACAGCAUCCUGGGAUUGCAGUUCGUCUCCAAGACGCAUCUCUUUUUCUCCUGCGGCAAGGACGGCAAGCUGAAGCAGUGGGACGCGGACAAUUUCGAGAACAUCACCACCUUAUCGGGUCAUCACGGACAAGUGUGGACGCUGGCCGUUAGUGAGGAUGGCAAGUACGUCAGCACGGCUGGACACGAUCGCUCUAUUCGUUUAUGGGAGCGCACCCAGGAACCGCUGGUGCUCGAGGAUGAACGCGAGACUCAGCGUGAAGCUGAAGCCGACCAGGCAUUGGCUCUUGGCGAGGAUCGGGUGAUGCCCGGCAUCAAGGGGGGCGAGGAAGCCUCCCUACCCGGCCGCAAAACGGUGGAAACUGAACGGGCAGCCGAGAGGAUCAUGGAAGCUGUCGAAGUUCACAAGGAAGUCUCGCAGCAGUUGGCCGAGUACCGUGAAAAAAUCGAUCUUCAUCAGCAAUCCGGCCGGAAUGCCAGUGAAGCUCCCGCCGCUCCUCAACUCCAUCCGCUGAUGGUGGCGUACGACACGACCGAUCCCGACAGGUAUUUGUUGAAGGUGUUGCGCCAGGUGAAAUCGAGCGAAGUGGAGGAAGCCCUUCUGGUGCUGCCCUUCCAUUACGUCGGCAGCCUAUUGUCCCUGCUGGAUCAGUUGCUAGAAAAAGGCUGGGAAACGGAAUUGGUGAUGAGGAUCCUGCUCUUCCUCGUUCGUCUCCACCACGGCCCCCUGUCCAACACUCCUUCCCUGCUGCCGAUCCUGAACCGACUGCAAGGAGUGGCCCGCAAACGCGUGGAUCAAGUCCGCGAUCGCAUCGGCUUCAACUUGGCCGGACUUCAGUACCUGCACCGAGAACUGGAAGAACGCGAGGCCGUACAGUUAUUCGCCGACGCUUCCGACCGUGUCAAGCAGAAACGCAAGCAACGCCGCAACAAAGACAAAGCCAAACAAAGAGCCAUUCUGACACUGUAAAAUUAUGGAAAAGAAAUAAUGACAGAAAAAAAAGAGAAAAUUCCAAUAAAAAAAGUUAAUGAAA